ACUUUUAAGGCUUUUAUGCCCAAAUCCAGGAAGCAGGAUAUGAUCCCAGCCCCAAAACACUCACAUGACAGCUGAUAUUUUGCAGAACCCCUGUUCCUCAGAACCAUCGUGUUCAUCGGGAAGCCACAUUUCUACACAAGUUUCCGUCAGCCCCAGGUCAUGGAGGAAAACAGCAGCCAAUUGGAAUUGAUCAUGUCUGAUUUGGAUGAGGAAGCUGAGGGGAACAUAGUCAAAGAGCGUGUGACUAAUCACGCCCAUCAUUCCUUCAGCAGACCAAGCCAACACACUCUCAGAAACAUCUGCUUCAUGGUUACUGCCGCUCUUUUCAUAUUUGCCUUUGGAUCCCUGAUUGGCUACGUCGCUCAUACAAGGAGAGACGGAGGCGCUCCAGGCUGCAUAGAGUCUACAUCCUCUGAAGACGUGGUUCAGACAGGAACAAUCUUAGACUGGAGCAAUAUUACAUCCUUGCUAAAGGACAAACUAACCACAAGCAGCAUUGAAAACAGUCUCAAUGAAUUCUCCAGUAUCAGUCAUCAGGCAGGAUCUCCAGGAGACGAGACACUCGGCAGAAAAGUGUGGGAAAAGUUCACCGAUUACGACAUGGCGCCUUGGACUGAUUCACACUCUGUUAAGAUCCAUGUUCGUCCUACAAAAGGCACCAACACAGUGAUGUUCUGUAAUAAAACAUUUUCGGAACCUGGCUAUUUGGCCUACAGUCCAACUGGAACAGCACAGGGUGCAGUCCUGUAUGCUCAUUACGGACAAACAGGGGACUUUAAGUCGCUGCGAGACUUAAAUAUAAGUUCAGAAGGAAAGAUCAUCUUGAUCCGAGCUGGUAAAAUAAGUUUUGCUGAAAAGGUUGCUAAUGCUGCCAGUGAGAACGCAAGUGGGGUGCUGAUCUAUCCAGAUCCUGCUGAUUACUUGUUUGAUGAAGAUACUAAUCUGUUUGGUCAUGUCCAUCUCGGCUCUGGUGAUCCGUUCACUCCAGGUUACCCAUCUUUCAACCACACCCAGUUUCCUUCAGCUAAGUCCUCAGGCCUGCCAAGCAUUCCUGCCCAGACCAUCAGAGCCAGUACAGCUGCAGCGAUCAUGAGGAAAAUGGGAGGUCGUGAUCCACCUCAUGAAUGGGCUAGUGGUGGUCUGAGAGAUGUAACAUACAAGCUUGGUGGUGAUGAUGACGUUGUCUCCAUGGAGGUCAACAACACUCUCGCUGUGACGAAGAUCUUCAACAUGUUUGGAGUCAUCAAGGGUUUCGUAGAUCCAGAUCGUUUUGUGGUGAUUGGAGCUCAGAGAGAUGCCUGGGGUCCUGGAUUUGCUAAGUCUACUGUUGGCACUAGUUUGCUGCUUGAAUUAGCCAGAGUUAUUACCGAGAUGAGAAAAAGUGGUUUCAAACCCAGGAGGAGCAUCGUGUUUGCAAGCUGGACUGCAGGGGAAUACGGGGCUGUGGGUGCCACCGAGUGGUUGGAGGGCUAUUUGUCCUCUUUGAACAUGAAAGCCUUCUCCUACAUUAGCCUGGAUGGCGUUGUCGCAGGUUCCUUUUUCAAAGCAAGUGCCAGCCCGUUGAUGUACAACUUGAUAGAGAGUACUUUGAAAGAGGUAUCUUCCCCCAGUGACCCCAGCAAGAGUUUGUAUUCUCAAGCGGAUGGACACAACUGGGAGGCGGCCGUGAUGGAGCCGAUGAAGAUGGACGACCCCGCCUAUCCAUUCCAGACCUUCUCUGGUAUUCCGUCAGUCUCGUUCAAGUUUACUGAGAAUAAACAAUACCCGUUCUUCGGCACCACGCUGGACACCAGAAAGAAUCUGGAAGCUCAAUCGUCUACAGAAUUGCUUGUGGUCGCCAAGGCGGCAGGUGAGAUCGCCGGGGUGAUGGCUCUUCGGCUUGUCCAUGACCACCUGCUCAGACUGAACGUGGAGAAAUACAAGAACGUCCUGAAUAUACACGUCGGCAAAAUCAACAGAGAAGUAAUGCGUCUGCAGAAGUUCCGCCACCUUACAGAGCCCGUGCAAACGCAGUGGUUGACGUCGGCUUUGGGUUCCUACAGUCGUGCUUCUAAUCGACUCAUCACCAGCAUGGAAAACAGCGACCUUGAUGACCAGGAGCAGUGUCGCAUCAUCAACAACCAAAUCAUGGCGGUGGAGAGGAAUCUGCUGUCUCCUUACGUGUCUCCCCGGGACACUCCGUUCAGACACAUAUUGUUUGGCUCUGGAUCACACACUCUGGGAGCCGUGUUCACACACCUAUCCUCGAUGCAGAACGGUACCGCCAGCGUGGACGCUGUCCUACUGAAUAAUCAGAUCGCUGUGGCUGCCUGGACGAUCCAGAGCUGUGCCAGUGCGUUCGCUGGGGACGUCUGGGACACGGAAAACGAUCUCGAGUAAAACAGUUUGCACUGGAUUGCACUGUUACACUGCAUAAGGUGACAGAGACAUUAUAUAAAUGAACUGACAUUGAUUAGACCACCUUAGAGCAUUACACUGUGAAAUAUUUCAGCCCACUGCUGUGGUUCACGUGGACGGGUGCUGAUAAUGUCAUUUGGGGUGUGCUGUUAUAGGAAAACAAUCAAUGAGCAACUUUUACAACCCUUUUUACAUCACCAGCCUCUUCACCACAGUCAUGGUACCGAUAAACAGCAAAACGUGAACUCCUCUGUCCUGGAGACUUUCCUGUAUUGGAAAUCGCUGACGCUGGAGACUCCUUCCGUAAUCGUUAAAUAAACAUUUUCACCAUAUCAUUGAUCACGCGUGUGUUUAAAUUGUUUAUGUGGUGUAUUCGGUAGAGUAUGGCAGUCUAAGCAAUUAAGAAUGAGCGCAUUAAACUUGUGAUUUGUUUUGCAGCCGGAACCAUUACCAGAGCUUCUGUUAUAGAAAAUGAAUCAGCACCUUCUGACCAAUCAGAAUCGAGUUGUGGUAUAUAUAUUUAUAUAUAUAAUGUAUAAAGUUAAACCACAUUAAAAAUUGCUACUGAAAUUCUUA